AUGGAGAGCUCCCUCGAUUUCUCAACGUAUUUCCACUACAAUGUCAUUCCCAAGGCUCAUGUAGACAGCAAAGAUCUGGAUUGGAUGGUUAGCAAUUUUGAUGUAGGCGGUGUGGCUGUUUGUCGCGUGGAAGGAGAGGAACUGCGUGCCGGGUUCAGGAAACACAACAUAGACACCACCGACUUGGAUUCGAAAAGCAGCUCCGACUACUUCUUUCUCGUGUGUCCCGUACCAUUUACCAUGGCGACUUCUCGAACCAACAACACUCCAAAUGGGCACUACCAUUACAGUCGCUCUGGAAUAUUUCUAAAGGACCCAAAGGACGACAAAAAUCACGAGAAGUAA